GUGUAUGAGCUGGAAAGGCGAUUCAAACAACAACGUUAUUUAUCAGCACCUGAGCGAGAACAUCUUGCGAGUCUUAUUCAUUUAACACCAACACAGGUUAAAAUUUGGUUUCAAAAUCACAGAUAUAAAUGUAAACGACAAGCGAAGGAAAAAGCUAUGGCUGAACAAAAUUCCCAAAACCAGACAGCAAGUUCACCGCGAAGAGUCGCAGUUCCUGUUUUGGUUAAGGAUGGGAAGCCAUGUUCGUCCAGCAGCUCUACUCAGUCGCACCCGCACCAAACUAAUAGCGAAUUAGCAGAUGAUCCUUCUAACAUUGUUGCUACUAAUGGAAACAGCAUAAAUAUUAUAUCUGAAACUCCAAAUUCUCAUUCUCCGGAUACAUCAACCUCCCUACUUGCAUCAUAUAAUGACUCGGUUUCAAGUGCCCAAAUGUUGCAACAACCCUGCAAUAACACAAUAGUACCAAAUAGUAUAGCGAUGGCUUACAGAAAUCAAAAUAAUUUUAUACAAAGUAGUCAUCAACAGCAAUGUGGAGGGUAUCUUCCCCUUCAAGGUCGAGCGUGGUAAGAAA